CAUGUUUAUUUCUUUAUGGGAGUUCUUCUAUGGAAACUUUUUUCGAUAUUGGAUGAAAUGGAUCUUACGGCAGAUGACUGGAAAGUGUGAAUUGCAACGAAUUUUUGAUACCUAUGUAGGUGCACAAAGGACACACAGGAUAGAAAACUCCUUGACAUACUCCAAGAAUAAGGUUUUACAGGAAGCUACACAUGUCUUGCAGAGUGAAGUGGACAAAUGUGUACAAGAUAUAAUGAAGGAAAAGAAUAUUAACCCUGAGAAGGAUGCCAGUUUUAAAAUCUGCAUGAAGGCUUGCUUACUACAGAUAUCUGGUUAUAAACAGCUUUAUAUGGAUGUUGAAAAUGAGAGAAAAAAGCCAUAUGAUUCUGAUAACUUGCAACAUGAAAAGCUACUCCUCAAGCUUUGGAAUCUUUUAAUGCCCAAGAACAAGUUGAAGGCUAGAAUCUCCAAGCAGUGGGCUGACAUUGGUUUCCAGGGUGAUGAUCCCAAGACAGACUUCAGAGGCAUGGGCAUACUUGGACUAAUCAAUCUUGUGUAUUUCAGUGAAAAUUACACCACUGCUGCUCAUCAGAUUCUGUCCCGCUCAAAUCAUCCUACAUUAGGGUAUUCUUAUGCAAUAGUUGGAAUCAAUCUUACAGAGAUGGCUUAUAGCUUGCUGAAGAAUGAAGCUUUGAAGUUUUAUCUCUACAACUUGGUUCCUGGUAUACCAACUAUGGAACACUUUCAUCAGUUUUACUGUUAUCUUGUCUAUGAAUUUGACAAGUUUUGGUUUGAAGAAGAGCCAGAAAGCAUAAUGUAUUUCAACGUGUAUAGAGAGAAGUUUCAUGAAAAGAUUAAAAGACUUUUACUAGACUCUAAUGUAGCACUUACUUUAAAAAUAUAA